AUGCAGUUUGCCGCCGCUCAGCAGCCGCAGCACCACCAAGUUGCCCUGGGCGAGUUUGAUUCAAAGGCGAGUUCCAAUAACACCAGGUACAAUAGCUGCAAGAGCGGGUGCACCAGCUACAUGGGGUCGCCGAGUUCGCUAAGUCGGCGAGUGCAAAGGAGCGUAAGCAGCCACUCGCUGCAGAAGAAUAGUGCUGGACCCCACCACCCUUUUUCUCCUCUCUUCGCUCGGUUGCUUGACUCCCAAAACGAUAUUUCGAUGCAAUAUUAUCAUCAUUCAGAUAAUCCAUUGUCGAGUGAAAGUAGCUUGAUCAUAGAAGAAAUGAGCAGAAUCAAUCCUUAUAGCCCAGAGGAGAAGAAA